UCAGAGUUCUUUUUUGGUUAUACACUUUUCAUAAUUUGUUGUGUUUUGUGUUUGUGUGGGUUUUAUUGUUCCAAGUUCUAACCUGAUAAAGAAGUAUUAUCUGAACCUGAACGGUAGAAAAUUCAAAGAACAUCAUGAUAAAAUGAUGGGCAAGUAAUGAAAAUUUUUGAUAAAUUGAUUUUGGAUAGAAAAUACAGCCAAUAUGAAUAAGAAUAUGAACUCACCUUCGAAAUUAACGGAAUUUGCACCUCUCAAAACGGAAGAAAAAACUCAAACAGUUGGAGAAAUUAUAUCAAGGUUUUUCAAAUUAGGUAAUCCAUUUGCUACAGAAGAACAAAACACCUUACCUAAUGAUGCCAGUUCACAAGAUUUACCUUCGUGGGUGGAUACUACAGAAGUUUUAAGCAAUGAGAUUCCUUACAAUGUAGAUAUAACUGAGGGCAGAAGUCUGCCCAAUGUACUUAAACGAAUAAGCAAUCUCCUAGCAUUGAAAAGUAACAGUCUGCAGAAUUAUGGGGAUACUGAGCUAAAACAAUAUUGGAUGCCAGAUUCAGUUAGUAAGCAAUGCUAUGAAUGCUCAGAGAAAUUCACUACGUUUCGGAGGAGACAUCAUUGCAGAGUUUGUGGUCAAAUAUUCUGUUCAAGUUGUUGUAGUCAACAAAUACCUGGUAAAAUAUUUGGAUGUACUGGUGAUCUUCGUGUCUGUACAUAUUGUUGUAAAAUUGUGUUAUCCUAUUUAUCUUCUGAUAAUGGAUCAGAUUUGACAACAGAUUUAAAAGCCCUUCAAGAGAAUUUAAGAUCUAAAUUAUCUAUUUCUUCACCCCUAUCUCCAUCCAAGAUAGAUAACCCUAGUCAGAAUAUGAAAUUUGAAGCUGUUGAUGGAUCUAAAAAUUCUUUAACUGGAGGUUAUCAAGAAGAAAUGUUUGCAUCUGGAGUGUCAUCUAGUUCUUCUGUUCUUUCUUAUGAGGAGAAAUGCAGAGCUUAUCAAAAUUCAUUGUCCCUAAGGAGUUUAUUUGAAGAAAUCUCAAAACCCAUAGGAGGAAUUGCAUUGGGAUCCCACAGGUAUCAUUUAAGAACUUACUUUGAUUGCUUCCUAGGUUCUGAAUUAGUUGAUUGGUUGAUCUAUCAACAGAAAGCUAGUAGUAGAAUUCAAGCAAAUGCAAUAUGUCAGGCACUUCUUGAAGGAAAUUAUAUUGAAUGUUUAUCUGAAACAAAUUCAUUUGUUGAUAGUUAUGUUCUAUACAAGUUAGGGACAUUGACUUCACUGGACUGCCCUCCUCCAACUAACAUUUAUGAUAUACCAAUUCAAGAAGAGCCAAUGUGGGUACAGCAGAUUAUUCAAGAAUCAAAUAAAGUGGAUUCAGAUAAUGACCAAGUUACCCCAGGGAAUGAAGCAUUUCUGAAAUCCUCUUCAUCGUUUAUGUUGGAUCUUAAUGUAGAAGCCAAUACUGUUUACUUAUCAAAACCACUAUGUUCACCUCAAGAUACACAGUUGUUAUUAUCAAGUGAAACCGAUUAUCGUGAAUUUGGAGAAAAGCCAGAAGUUCGUACAUCUGAACAAAGAGAGUUUGUUCCCGAAUCUGGUUGGCAUAACGCAUCUUCUCUGCGAGAGCAAAAUGGGGAAAAAGCUGCUUAUCAGAUAUUAACUAAUGCGUAUGAUCAACAUGAACAAAGUCUAAUGAAGCAAAUAUUAGCAACUAAUGGUUUAUCCUUGACUUGGUCGAAUAUUCUGUUACCUAUAAUUCAUGAUGUUGUGAAUGUUACAAGACCAGAUAAGAAUCACGAUGCUAGAGACUUAGAUAUAAGGCAUUAUGUUCAAAUAAAAAAAUUACCUGGAGGUUUCAAAAGAGAUACAAGAAUUGUUGAAGGUGUAGUGUUUACCAAGAACGUAGCGCAUAAGGGAAUGUUGCAGGAUAUUCAAAAUCCUAAAAUCUUGUUGCUCCAAGGGGCUAUAGUUUACCAGAGAACUGAAGGAAGAUUUAUGUCUCUUGAACCUGUGUUGAUGCAAGAACACGAAUAUUUGAGAAAUGUCUGCGCUCGUAUCAUUGCCUUACAACCUGAUAUAGUUAUGGUGCAAAGAAACGUUUCUCGUUUAGCCCAAGAUUUUUUACGAGAGAAAGGUAUAACUUUGGUACAUAAUGUGAAGCAGAGCGUAUUAGAUAGAUUGUCGUCUUGUACACUAGCUGAUUUAGUUGGUUCUCUAGAUGCUCAUAUUGGAAGGCCACGUCUGGGAACCUGCAAAAGAUUUUAUUUGAAGAAUUACACUAUUAGUAAAGAUAAAACAUGUAAAACCCUUAUGUUUUUAGAGGGAUUACCCAUGGCACAUUUAGGAACUACAGUACUUCUCAGGGGCGCAUCUAAGCAUGAACUUUUGAAAAUAAAAAAAAUUUUUUCAUUUAUUUUGUUCUCUACAUAUAAUUGGCGUCUAGAGAAAUCUUUUCUCAUGGAUGAAUUUGCUCAGCCGCCAGAAUUCAAAUGUGAAUUUUUUGAUGAAACUAAAGAAAUAACCUCAUUUCAAACGACUCAACAAAACAAUGAGAAAUUUUCAGAUGACCUGAAGACUUGGAAAGAAGAAGAAUUCCUAAAGAAUAAUCAAAAUAAUGCAUUGUGUAUGGAGGAGAGAAUUCAGUAUUCCUCUCAAACUAGCAACGAAGAUAGAAAUCUGACAGUUCAAAUGGUGAAUGAUUUUUCUGAUCCUCUCCAUUCCUCAUACAAUGAUUCGUCUGCCGUUGAACAACAUCAAGCCUUUGAAGUGUCGGAAUUACCAUUUUCUAAUAAAUUCAGGAAAGCUCUGGAUGACACAAUUCUGUGCAUUUCUCCUUAUGUGAUAUUUCCAAUUCCAUAUUUAGAAACGGAAUCUGGAAAGAAAUGUCUUCUGAGGAAAUUUUUUCCAACUGAAAUUUACCAUAGUCCACAGUUUGACAAUAAUAUCAAAGUAAAACAGAAAGAAAUUGAGACUAACGACCUUGAUAUAAUUGAGAGACCGGACAUAGGGCCUCCGCAUCCAUUUACAACUGCUAAAUUCAUAACUAGUGUGGAUUCAAAUGAAAUUCAAAAUUUACUUGCGCAUUUCAGAGCUUGCGGUGGAAGAUUCAAGAAAAGAAAUAGUAUCUUGAAACCCCUGAGGAAAGUUGAGGAAGUGAGUGUGAAGGAGGAGAGUGACAAAAUUGAUGUGUUAGAUCCUUUGAACCACCAGCGUUUGGCGGUUCUCUUCUGUAGCUUUAGCAAUGAAUCUCUAAAUGCUCCCGCUUUCUGUAUGAACCCAGGUGUGGUUUACAUGGAUUUUUAUGGCAGAAACGACAUACCUCUGGGUUGUUUCUUAGAAAAAUACUGUUUUAGGGAAGCUUAUACCUGCCCAUCCAAUACUUGUGGCAUGUCAAUGGUGAAGCACGUGAGAAGAUUUGUACACAAUUUAGGAUGUGUUAGUAUAUUCUUGAAUAGUUUUGAGAGUGGAUUUUCGGAGGAAAAUAUUGUGAUGUGGUCAUGGUGUUUGAAAUGCCAGAGUGUUUCUCCUGUUGUUCCCAUGUCGACAGACACUUGGUCAUUCUCUUUUGCAAAGUAUUUGGAACUUAAAUUUCACGGAUCGAAAUACGGUAGGAGGGGAAAUGCACCUUGUGACCACAGUUUACAUCAUGACCAUUAUCAAUAUUUUGGAUACAAAAAUGAUGUGGCUUCAUUCAGGUAUUCAACUAUAGAUAUUUGGGAAAUAUCACUGCCACCCCCUGUGAUAAAAUUGAAUGUGAAUUUGGAGGUCCAACACCAAAUCCUAAUUGAGGAAAUCAAAGAAUUAGCUCAAAAAGGUCACGAUGUUUUCUCUGCCAUAUCCGAGAAAAUACCAGUUGUAACAAGCAUACCUGAGACAAUAUCUUCAUUAAAAGAAGCUUUGACAAAAGAUAAGCUAUUGUUUAGGCAGAAAAUUGAAGAAGUUCAACUUAAAUUAACCUCUCCAAUUGCGGAAGAAAAAGAUUUCCAUCCUGAAGAAGUGAGUGAAAUAUACUGGAAACUUAGCGAUCGUGUUGUACUCGUUAAGAAAUACCUUAUAGAAAUCGUAGAUAAUUGGAAUGUUCGACUGACGCUUGAAGCCGACAAAAAAAAGGAAAACGAUAAAAGAAGGGACAGAAAUACAUUUUCCGAAUCCGACAGUGCGAACAAUGACGUUAACUCCUCAAACUCCCAAAAAUCUGAACCGGAAUUGAGUCACUCUCUAGGUACUGUCGGAGAACAGUCGAAAAAUUUAGAAUCAAAUUUAAAUGGUGAAAAUGAAGACGUCAGUGUUUUGUCCCUCAGGCAGUACCAAAAAUCUCAAUCUGAAAUCUCGGUAGCUAGUUGCGAUAUCAGCGAGAACAAACGAGACACCGAUAAGAUUAGUGUAAAAACGUUGCUAUCACAGUUAUUACCAUCUUCAGCGCCCUCUAGUAUGAUUUCCAAUCCGUUCUCAGCUCAUGAGCAUUACAAUCUCCCGAGUGGAGUACAUGCUACUUUAACAGUUUCAGAAACUGAUCUGAGUUCAAUUAUAGCCUAUGCUUUGAACUCUCACGAACUUGUCAAAUUAGUAGAAGAUUUACGACAGCCUGUUUCAAAUAUGGAUAGUUGCUCGAGUCCUGGAAAUAGAAGGUCACAGGGUGAGAAAGAUAAAAGUGAUGCUGGAGAGGAAAAAAAUGGUGGCUUGCUAGGAUUUCUCAGAAACAAAGACAGUAAAACAGAUCUACUAAAAGGUCCUGCAUCUGCAGUUCAAUCAGAGGGCAACGCUGCUAGUCAGCAGAGUACAGCAGAAACAGCUGGUGACACCAAAAAACUUCAUCUAGAUGUCGUAUUUGAAGAUGCAACCUGCAACUUCUUGUGCAGAAUCUACUACGCGGAAAAUUUCGCUGCACUUAGGGAAACUGUGUUACCUGAAGGAGAACGACUUUAUAUAAGAUCGUUGUCCAAGUCUUCACCUUGGGAUGCCAGGGGCGGUAAGUCAGGAUCCGCGUUCACCAAAACAACAGACGAUCGCUUCAUACUGAAGGAAAUGUCAAAAAAUGAAGUCAAUCUAUUUUUGGAAUCGGCUGCAAAUUAUUUCACGUACAUGCAAAAAUGUUACACUACGGAUCAACCAACUCUUUUAGGCAAAAUCGUUGGUAUAUAUCAGAUAAUUUUUAAGAAUAAUACCAACGGUCAUCAGAUGAGGAAAAAUCUUCUUGUGAUGGAAAAUCUAUUCUACAACAGAGACGUAUCGCAGAAGUUUGAUCUUAAAGGAUCCAUACGGAACCGUUUAGUGAUCCCAGAUAAUCAAGAGGGUGAAAUUGUUUUAUUGGACGAGAAUCUCCUGAAGAUGACCUGUGAUUCCCCACUUUAUAUUCUACCUCAUUCUAAAGCUGUCUUGGCAGCAGCUAUAGAAAAUGAUACAGAUUUUCUAGCGUCACAGUCAGUCAUGGAUUAUUCCUUGUUAGUCGGAUUAGACAUGGAAAAGAAAGAACUUGUGUUAGGAAUUAUAGAUUAUAUCAGAACAUUCACUUGGGACAAGAAAUUAGAAACCAUCUUCAAAAAAUCUGGAAUACUUGGUGGUCAAGGUAAACAACCUACCAUUAUUUCACCAAUUGAGUACCAGAAGAGGUUCAUUGAAGCUAUGCAUAAGUAUUUUUUGGAAGUACCUGAUCAUUGGGAGGGGUUGGGGGAAGAUUUGUGUUGAAGCAGUAUGUCAAGUAUGUGCUUUUGUGAUAUGUAUAAAUAUCAUUUUAAAUUAGAGAGAUCAAUAUUAUAUUAUAUUUAUUAUAUUUUUUUUCAAUAAUAAUUUAUUAUUCAUC